CUCUUACCUAGCUCAGUUUACGGAAUAGGUCUGUCGAAGAUGCUUCGAAAUCUGAUUUUGCUGCUAGCCGGCAUAGCCUUUAUAUUGGCGUAUAAACCGGAACUUAGAGUGCGGCUCUAUGCCAGGGAAUCCUGGAUUUCCAGUGUGUUUCUGUCCGAAAACUCCACCAGAGGAUUAGAGAGUAUCCACUUGCGGUUGAAGAAUCGUCACAACGUGGAAUAUUUCGGCAACAUAUCCAUUGGAACUCCAAAACAGAAUUUUACAGUGAUCUUUGACACGGGUUCCUCGAACACAUGGUUUCCUUCCUCACAUUGCCCAAAAAGUAAUUUAGCUUGUCAAAUGCACAGGAGAUAUGAUUCCUCCAGAUCAAGUUCAUAUAUUCCGGAUGGUCGAAACUUUACAUUGUGGUACGGAGCUGGGAAUGUACAUGGCUAUCUGUCUCAGGAUACGGUUCAUUUUGCCGGAGCUAAGCUGCAAGGUUUGAUUUUCGGAGAGACCUUGAUUCAGCAGAACUUUGAAUUCCAUUCAGUGACAUUUGACGGAUUGGUUGGAUUAAGUUUAGGUGUUUUAGCAUGGAAAAAUUCAACGCCGUUUUUAAAAUUACUCUGUUCUCAGAAUUUAGUAGAGAAAUGCAUUUUCUCGGUUUACCUUCAACAAGCUUCAGCAAACGAAUCCAAAGGUGGUGAAAUUAUUUUCGGUGGCUUCGAUGAAUCGCGAUUUAAAGGCAACUUGCACUUUGUUCCGAUUACAAAUUCGAAUUAUUGGAAACUCAAAAUAUCCGAAGUGUUUGUGAAUAGUAAGAAAAUUAGUGGCGAAACGGAUGCACUUUUGGAUACGGGAACAACGCAAAUUUUAAUGCCCCAGAAAACUUAUGAUAAUUUACUUAAACUCUUACCGUUCGAAAUGGAAGGUGGUAAUUAUAUAUUAAGUUGCCAAAGUAAAAUAAUGCCAGAAGUAAAACUUGUGAUUGGCGGAAAGUCUUUUUAUUUAACACCCGAUGAUUACUUGGUGGAGGCGAACUAUGGGAAAAGAAACGGUUGCAUCACUAACUUCGCCCCAAUUAAACAAAAUUUCUGGGUUCUAGGCGAUAUUUUUUUAUGGCGCUAUUAUACGGUAUUCGAUGCAACGGCCAAAAGAAUUGGACUGGCCGAAGCGGUGAUAGACACUAAUUAAAUGUAUACGUUGAAGCAACAAACUCUUUGGCCAAUGGAAGUUUAUAGUUUCUUAGUAUUUUUAUGCACUUCAUAUGUUAUGAUUACUUUAUUGAUGUUUAUUAUGUUAUGAUGAUUUUAUUUUAAUAUAUGUAAUACUUGGUUUAUAUUUUAAAAGCAUUUUUAGCUCUAAAAUUUCCUUUAAAAAUUGCGCCAUCUCUUAUAAGUAUUUCUACUCUCGUUUAAAAUUGUGCCAAUAAAGAAACAUGUGUUUUUGAAGGUUCUUUAAGCUAA